UUCUGACAGAAGCUGUGAGACUUUCUGCAGCCAUCCAGCACCUCAGCCUGUGCUUCCCUGCAGUCUCCAUCGCAGGGCUGAAGCUGGGGCAAGAACACAGUGCAGUAAUUACCUUCAGCUGUAUUUGGCUUCAACUGCUAAAAUCAAGGAGUGAGCUCCCGCUGAGGCUGCACCAUCCACCCUGACAGCCCACUGGCAAAAUGGACCAAGAAACCCUGGGAAGUGUUGUCCUGCUCGCCAUCGUCACCUUGAUAAGUGUUGUCCAGAAUGCUUUUUUUGCGAGCAAAGUGGAGCAUGAAAGCAAACACUGCAAUGGCAAGGGGUUCCAGCGGCUGGGAUCCUCCGCCUUCGACCGCGUCUACACUGCCAACCAGAACUGCGGACACGCAUACCCUACGUUUCUGGCCGUGCUUUGGUGCGCUGGCCUUCUCUGCAGCCAAGCUCCUGCUGCCUUUGCUGGCCUGAUGUACCUGUUUGUGAGGCAGAAGUACUUUGUGGGCUACCUUGGGGAAAGGACUCAGAGCACUCCUGGCUACUUGUUUGGCAAGCGUAUUAUUCUGUUCCUGUUCCUCAUGUCCAUGGCUGGAAUACUCAACUACUAUCUCAUCUUCUUCUUCGGAAGUGACUUUGAAAUACACAUAAAAACGAUAACCAACGCGAUCUCUCCGCUGCUGCUCAUCCCCUAGCUCCCCACAGCACUGAGGGGUCAGCGUGCUUAAUAUAUCAACACCCAGAAGCAGCCGUAAUUCAUCUGUUUAAGAAAUGAACCUAUAACCCUCUUCAAUUGCUGUAAAUCUCAUGCUUGAUGGGCUUUGUAGUUUGAUUUAACCUUGCUUUUUGCUUCAGGAAGAAGAUUUAUCACGAGCACUUGGCACACCUAAGGAAUGGUAACAACCUCCAGUUAGUUCUGUAGGGUUUUUUUUUUUCCCUAAACUGCAUCUUGCAAGCUGAUUGCAUAGGCUGGAAGGGACAUUGUAUGCUUGUUUCAUAACUGCAUUGUACCUAGCUCCUACCCCAAAACCCAGGAGCUUCUCAGAGUAGUUUCUGACCGAUGGCCCCUGCAGUUGUCCUCACACACAGGCACAGCUUUUUGCCAGCAUCCUGCAUGCCCCUGCCCAAGAAGAGGCAGAGACCAGCCCCUUCACCUGCCCUUUCACUCCCACUUGUUGAUGACUGAGCUCCUGCUGCUGCAGAAGAGGCCCUGUCUGGUCUUUCUUAAUAAAUAUUCAUGUACCCAAGGCUCCCGGCACUGAUCUCAUUUACACUUCAGUAUUUUUGUUCUCAUGGAGCUGUGUAAAAGCAUCUUGUGUAAAUGAGGAGCUGCUGUGUUGAUGAUGGGAUUGGGUCUGUUUUGCUUGGCUUUGUUUAAUAAAGCAGUCUAAAGGGAUGAAA